AUGUUUAUGACAUUGAUGACAGCAGAAUUCAUCACUGGAAUGCUGGGGAAUGUGUUCAUUGGACUGGUAAACUGCUAUGACUGGGUCAAGAUCCACAAGGUCACCUUCAUCAACUUCAUCCUGAUCUGUUUGGCAGUUUCCAGAAUGAGCUCCCUGCUUGUGGUAUUUGUUGAUGCAAUUAUAUGGGAACUAGCUCCUCAUGUCUAUGAUUCUUCCAGUCUAGCAAAAUGCUUUGAUAUAUUAUGGAUCAUGACUGACCAACUGUCUAUAUGGUUUGCCACCUGCCUCAGCAUCUUCUACUUUCUCAAAAUUGCCCAUUUCUCCCAUCCCCUUUUCCUCUGGUUGAAGUGGAGAAUGAGAAGCAUGAUUGUUGUUUUUCUUGCAUUUUCUUUGUUCUUGAUGAUUUUUUAUUUUCUACUGCUUGGAACACUUCCUAUUUUCAUGGAGAUUUACAUGAUGGCUAAAAGCAAUCAGACUCUAUUUUCAGACACACACGAAACCAUUGCUGUCAAAAACCUAAUUGUUUUUCACCUGACAUACUUGAUACCAUUUCUUGUGUCCCUAGUAUCAUUGCUCCUUUUAUUUUUGUCCUUGGCGAAGCACUCCAGAAACUGCCACCUCAUUUCCACCAGCUCUGAAGAUUCUAGAACCAAGGUCCACAAGAAGGCAAUGAAAAUGCUGUUGUCUUUCCUCAUUCUCUUUAUAAUUCACAUUUUUUUCGUGCAGCUGACACGUUGGUUAUUUAUGUAUUGUCCAAUGACUAGCUCAGUUAAUUUGGUUAUGUUAACAUUAGGUAUCUUUCCUUUAAGUCAUUCAUAUAUUCUGAUCCUGGGAAAUAGCAAGCUUUGGCAGACAGCAGUGAGGGCCCUUCACCAUCUUAAAAGCCAGCUGCAAGAGAUGAUCCUCUCCCUUCAUAGAUUCUCCAAAGUCUUUACUAAGUGA